UAUAUCAUUCCACUCAGCAAAUACAAGAAGAAAGUUAAAUAUACUAAUCCGGAGGAUAUUUGUAAGGAUGGAGGUUUGGUAAAGAAGAUACUCAAGCCCGGGGAUGACAAAUAUCAACAUGUUGAUGAUUAUGAUUAUGUUUUAGUUAAGUACGAAGCACUUCUUGAUGAUGGAACUCUUGUUAGAAAAUCUGAUGAUGAUGGAGUUCAAACUCAACAAUGAACAGAGCAAGUGAUUGAUGUGCUUAAUAUAGCUGUAAUGACCAUGAAGAAGGGUGAGGUAGCUUUGUUGACUAUUGCGCCACAAUAUGCUUUUGGUUCAUCAGAGUCUCGGCAGGAAUUGGCAGUGGUUCCUCCUAAUUCAACCUUGUAUUAUCAGGUUGAGCUAGUAUCGUUUGUAAAGGCUAAGGAGGUAUCGGACAUGAACACUGAAGAGAAGAUAGAAGCUGCUCUUGAGAAGCGACAAGAAGGCAUAGCAUUAGUUUAUGCUGCUGAAUAUGCAAGAGCUUCCAAGAGAUUUCAGAAGGUAACCAGGUAACAUUAAUAUAUUUCACCAUCAUCCACUACAAUGUGAUAGGGCACUUAAGCCUAUGGUCCACGUGGUGAGCUAAGCAUUAGGACAAAUCUGCAUAAGCCCAACAUCUAGGAGUGCAUGAGGGGAAGGAAGGUGGGGCUAGUGAGAUGAUAAGUUAGUUAGCAACUCCGACACGAACAUCUGACACAACACCGACACUGACACUGACACGUUAACACCGCUAAUGUAAAAAACAUAGGACACC